AAUUUGCAGCUCUCUUCACUGCUCUUUUAACUGCCUCUUGCAAUUGUACAAUCAAAGUUCACACUGACUCUUCAGUUAUAAUUUUUCAAUUCAACAAAUACAAAUUCCUUUCACAACAAUCGCUCACUUUUAGACCAUUUUUAAAAAUCAAUAACUUUAUGCAUUGGUCUUGUCUAUUUGAACUCAUCACAACCAACAACCUCAACGUCUCCCUUAUUAAGGUUAAAGCGCAUGCUGAUAGCUUUUUCAACAAUAAAGUAAACGCACUAGCGAAAGCAGCUCUUGAAUCUUAUAUUCUAUAA